GAUAUUGGUGGAGGCAUGCCCGCUGUAGAAGACUGCGAUGCCUUUGGAGACCGUAGCACGCAGCGCGGCGCCACCUCGGAGAGUCUGGGUGUGGGCGGCCCUGGCUCCUCCCACAUGUCCAGUCACAGCGGGGAGCUGAAGAUCCUGAGCGUCUACGGUAAAGGGGAGGGCCCACUGGCGGUGGACGGCCAUGACACCGUCUUCACCGCGUCAGAAGUGGAGGCCCUGAACUCGCUGUCUGCGGACCACAGCGCGGCCAAGAGCCUGGAGCGCGGCGAGCGGCUGGUCUGCCACGAGGAGCUGAGUGUGCAGCAGACCCCAGACACCAUUUCAAUCAAGAUUGAAGAGGAUAUUGGUGGAGGCAUUCCCGCUGUAGAAGACUGUGAUGCCUUUGGAGACCGUAGCACGCAGCGCGGCGCCACCUCGGAGAGUCUGGGUGUGGACGCCCCUGGCUCCUCCCACAUGUCCAGUCACAGCGGGGAGUUGCGGAUCCUGAGCGUCUACGGUAAAGGGGAGGGCCCACUGGCGGUGGACGGCCAUGACACCCUCUUCACCUCGUCAGAAGUGGAGCCCCUGAACUCGCUGUCUGCGGACCACAGCACGGCCAAGAGCCUGGAGCGCGGCGAGUGGCUGGUCCGCCACGAGGAGCUGAGUGUGCAGAUACCAUCAACUAACACCACUAAGACAGCGAAAAAAAGAGGAAAGACACUUGUUGAAAGGACAGCUACUAAAAGGGAGGCGGAGAGAGCUCGAAAUAAAACCAGAGUAAACAUCGGCGUGGCUUAUGAGCGAUGGAGAGAGUUAUGUGACCUGAGAAACUUAAAAUCGGACGCUGAGAUGGCUACAUUUCUUAUAGACAGUUAUGAGAACCUCACAUCCCCUACUUCAUCCACACCAUGCAAGCGCAGGAGAAACCUGCCUCUUCCCCAAGCUUCAAGCAUUCAUUCAGAGACACUCUUAGACAGAGCCGAUGACUUCUUGGAUGCUGAAGAUGUAGAGGACACCAAUCCUGCCACUACCUUUCAAAGUAUGGCUACAAGUAUUUCUCCACAGGUAAAUGACAUUGAAGUCAUAACUGAAGAAGAAUUUAAUGACAUCCGGAACUCUACAAUUGGCUGGGCCGAUAACACCUGGGAAGAUGACAGUGGAGAAGAUGACAGUUGGUACCCAGAAAUGGAGAUGGACAAUGGGUCAUCUUCAGAGGAGGAAGAAAUGAUGGGGGAAGACUGUGAAUGCAGUGAUGACAGUGACAUCGAUUACGUGCCUUAUCUCUGUGUGCGGACUGGUGGAGCUCUCCAAAAGAGCAAAUGGCUGGACACAUUACCAGCUGUUGGUCUGGAGGAGACUGUUCAUGACCUUGAUGAUGGACACAAUUCCUCAGAAGUGAUACCACCGCUACCAGAGAAGACCCAAGUCCUCUGCAAGGAAGAUAUAAUUGGACAACCAGCUUCCAUUGUCUACCAUAGCUGUCUUAAACAGCUGGCUCAGUAUCUUGUCUUACCAAUCCCCAAGUGCAACACAAAGGACCCAGUAACUGAUGCUGAAUGUGGAGCACUUAGACCAUUUGAGGUGAAAAUAACUUCCAGGGGCACAUCAGUUGUCGUGGAAUGGAUAUGUCAUCAGGGUCACAGUGUCUGGAGGUGGAACUCCCAGCCCACUCUAAAAUAUGGGAUGCAUGCAGGUGACUUCAUGUUGUCCUCGAACAUCCUACUCUCUGGGAACAACUACGGGAAGGUGGCUCUGCUGUUCAAAUUCAUGAACUUGGGAAUAGUACACAGAACCACAUUCUUUAAAAUCCAGGACGCCUACUGCUUUGACGCCAUCGAGGACGACUGGGAUGACAAGAGGUGACGGUCGUAUGGAUAGUCCUGGGUUUUCAGCACAGUACUGUACAUACACAACGAUGGACAACGACAGUAAAGAGAUCAUAUCAAUUGUCAAUAUUGAUAAGAGGGAGACCCAGAAGAAUUCGGUUAUCAUGGAGAAGGAGGCUUUCAUCCGGACCUUUGAGACUCUCCACAAAGAGAUUCGCCUACAGGAGUUUUGCACUGAUGCUCAUUCACAGAUCUCGGCGCUCUUCAAUCCAACAAAAGGCAGGUUCAAGGACUCUGGUGUUCGACACACCCUUGACAUCUGGCAUGGAUCAAAGAACUUGGGUAAAAAAAUCCAUGCAGCAGGCCUUCGGAAAGGAUGUUCAAUUCUCCUUACCUGGAGUAAGGAGAUAUGCAACCAUUUCUGGUAUUGCUGUAAGACUGCACAGAACAUUGAUCAGUUCGGUGUCUUCUCCACCAUGUUCAAGGAGAGCAUGAGUGGGCCCUAUCUUGCUGUGAACAUGGCCCCUUGUCGGCCGACAGGGAGAAGGAGUGGAUCCAGAGUGAUUCUGAGGCCUUUCAGGUUCUGUCAGAAAUAGUGCUGGAUGAGCACUGGCUGAAGAAUGUGGAGAAGUUCCUGAGUUUCAGGUCAACCGCUGAGCUGGAAUCCUUCCAUAAUCAUAUACUGAUGUAUGCCAGCAAGCGAUUCAGCUUUAGCCCACCUGUUUACAAAGCAGGCACCCUCUUAGCAGCGUUGGACUAUAACCAUCAUGUUCACAGACCGGUGAAGAGGAAGGCUGAUGGCUCAAUAGAGUACUGCAAGCUCUACAAUAAAAAGUCAAAGACUUGGAGUCUAUACACUGUGAAGGUGGAGAAGGACUACGGAUACAUGGCAGACCUGCAGAGUGCUAUCCUAGAAGCCCGGCUGACAUCAGACAAGGGUUUGCCAAAGACCAGAAAAAAAGGCCUAAUGACCCACGGCAAUAUGGGGUUCUUGCAAGCAUCCCACCACCCAGGACCUGUUGCAAACCCAAUUCCACAGAGGAGUAGGGCAAGGAAUGCAGUAAGAGACCUAGAAGAGAUUGGAGGUCCCAUACCAACUAAACUGGAGCUGACUGUAGGCUGCUGGGGGCUGUUUGGAAUAGUAUUACGCUGCUCACUUUUUGAUUUUUGAUAUUUGUAAAUAUUCGAUUUAUUAGGUCUAAAUGUCCUUCACAGUUUUGAAUUAUUUACACUUUGUUCUUAUAAAAUAUAUAAAAAAAAAAAAUAGGAUUUUGUAUAUAGUUUUUUAUGAUAAAUUUGUUUAUAAUUGACAUAUUUUCAAUGCAGUUGCACGAUUGUUCUGCUAAAAAGGCAUUUUGUUAUGUAGUGCUUUUAUACUUAUUUAGAAUUUGCACUUGUGCUGCAUGUAGUCAUCGAAGGCCAGGGUGUUCCUGUGUGUGUGAGUUAUUAUCUUAUUGUUUUAUUAUUUAAUAAAAAAGCUUUUUACCGCACCUGCCCUCAUCCUUUAUCCAGCAUUACACCUGCUGAAUGUGCAUUGUUAUUAUGAUAUGCUAUAGUUAUUGUCUGCUGUAACCGACAAUGAAAAGAUGGGUCAUAAUAACAGGAAACUGAACAUGUAUUUUUUAAACACUUUUUAAUGAUGCUUAAAGUCUCCUUGUGAGGAAGCCAACAUAUUGUCCAAGUGGGUCUGGGUACUUGUCCCGUAUCCUCCAGACACAACAACUAGGGAUGACGACCCUGUGUCCCCGAGCCAGUGCUCCGUAUUGCCAAACAACAAACUGCCUAUAGGCGGCAAACCUAAAUAGUUUGUUGUCCUCCCCUGGGUCUGGACGGUCAGCCACAGCACGGACAUCAUUCCAGAUCCUCCUGGCCAGCCGUAGAACCCCCCCCUGCAUUAUGUAUGCGUCCAUGUGAGGCAUCAUGGAGACACAGGAGUCCAGGAGUUGUCCACAGCAUUUCCUCUCUAUAUCCGUAGGCAUCUCCUUGCAUUUGGUGCAAAUGCACCAGGCUGGCUGCUGUGGGUCACUGGGACCAGGCUGUUGUGGGUCAGAUGUGGG